GGGAGGCUUAUAUAUAUGGAGGAAGGGUUCUUCUUCUGCAGUGGGUAGCGGGGCGGAAACGUGUCCGUCGUGGUGGUGUCGAGACCAGAGCAAUUUUCAGAGCCGUACACCUGUAGCCGAGAGUCUGACUUUGUAGGAAGGCAUCCAGCGCCGCCACCAUGCCUGGCCACAUCUCCCUCAAGAGCAGCGGGCCCGACCCCGACCCCACCGAGUUCCUGUUCGUCUCGGCUGAGAUGAAGCGGAAAGAUCAGACGAAGCCUUACGACCCGAAGAAGUCCGUGUGGGCGCCCGACCCCGAAGAAGGCUUCGUGGAAUCCGUGCUCAUGGGUGCUAAGGGCGAUAAGCUAGUCUCAGUCAAGUUGCCCAAUGGAGAUACAAAGGACUUUAAAAAGGAACUAAUUGGCCAAGUCAACCCUCCCAAGUACGAAAAGUGUGAGGACAUGUCCAACUUGACUUUCCUUAAUGACGCCUCUGUCCUCUACAACUUGAAGACUCGCUAUCAAGCCAGACUCAUUUACACCUACUCCGGCCUCUUCUGUAUCGCCGUCAACCCCUACAAGCGUUACCCCAUCUACACCAACCGCGUGGUCAAGAUCUACCAGGGCAAGAGGCGCAAUGAGGUGCCUCCCCAUCUCUUCGCCAUCUCCGACGGCGCUUACACUAACAUGAUGCAAGGUAUAGUUACCAGCUUAUAGUCAUCACCAUCAAUUUU